AUGCAGGAUAUAGGUGGAAUUCGUGGUGUAGCAGCAGCAGCCAGUCGUGGUGAUGGACCAAUCAUAGCGGAUGUGACUGACGAAUGGGUUCCUGGAGCAUCCUCCUCUGGUAGUCCUCAAAACCAAAUGGGACAAAAGAAUAAACAGCAGUAUGGUAAUAACGGAUACAAUGUAUCAUAUUCAUCGCCAACUGCUCCACAACCAUCGACACCGUCCCCCAACGGACCAGCGAUCGGAGUGGCGUCACCUAGAAGGCAACAGAAUGGCAACGUAGCGGCUCCCGUUACACCCAAUCAGCAGCAGAGUCUUACUUUCACUGUUUGGCUAUUAGCUGAACCUUUGAUUCGGUGCGAAGGUUUACCGCUUGCAUGUGUUGACGGAGCUGAAAACAUUAGUCUGCUACUUGUAUCAGCACACAAAGAUUAUGCCCCUUACAUCCGAUACAUCGUACUCGUCAGCGAUUACAAUGUCACCCCAACUAGAGAGGCAAUUCUCACAGAUUUUCUAAAUGGAAUCGAUUUGAGCAUUGAUAACUGUCGCGACCUACUUGGAAACCAUUGGGAUUUCAAUCUGUUUGAUAAUGUGGACACUGGUGAAGAGCAAGAACAGGUUCAACCCGAGAAACCAGAGCUUGAAAAUAACACUAACAAUUAUGCAAUGCCGUUCAACGGUGGACAACAGCAGCUGAGAUAUCCGGGGCCGCGCUUGGCUCUCGAAGGAGGACCACUAACUACCACCAGUGACACC